UACAGCUACAGAUUACGCGUUCGUGUGUCAACUCUGCAGUAAAUAUCGACUUCAACGAAUCAUCAUUUACUAGAAAGUUUGCAACUCCUACCUGUCUCAGUUCAGGGGGCGCUGCCUCUCUCCUGGCGAUAGUCGCUCCUGUGUGUCUGUGCCAGGCGCUGCCGUCGGGCUUGCCCGCUGACGUCACGGCGUCGCUGGUUGCCGCCUUGUCGCAACACCUGCGCGCCGACUGUGUUCAGCUGGUGUGCGACCAUGCUGACGGAGGCGACCACAGCCUGGCAGCAGAGCGAUGGUGCCAGCACGUGCAGAAGCUGCUGACGGCCAGCGUACCAGUUGCAGCCAGCCUCUUGCAGACACCCGCCAGCCUCUUGCAGACGCCCGCCAGCCCACACGGCCACGGUCUCUGCGCGAGGGAGCACCGUCUCUUGCAUGUCGUGCAUGCCAGGGAACAAGCCGUCGACCAGUUCCUCGAUGCGGUCGGCGAGACGGAGUGGUUCCGGCGGUGCCGCUGGCUGCUGCUGCCGCCGCCCGGUGACGCCAACCCCUCUCCCGCGCCGACCCGCGCGCCGCCGCUGGACAGCCAGGUGCUCGUGGGGAGGCGCAGCCCGCGGCCGGGCGACGACGUGGAGCUGCUGGAGGUGUACACCCCGGGCCCGGGCUCCCGGGUCUUCGCCCCCCUGUACGCCACUUGGGGCUCCGCGUCGGGGCUGCGAGUGUCUGCCACGCCCGGGCGCCGCGGCAGGACCGACCUGCGCGGGCUGGUCGUCAGGGCGGCCGCUCUCAACAUUUCCCCAACGUCCCAAGUGUGGAUCAACAAUAGUAAAAUAAUGUACGGAGGUUAUGUUGGUAAAUUGUGGAAUGUGUUGGAACAGAAGCUGGGAUUCAGGACGGAGUACCGCGUCGUGGCCCCCGACGUGGGCACCGGGACGGAGAACAACGGCUCGUGGAACGGCGUGGUCGGCAUGGUCGUGCGGGGCGAGGUGGACGUGGCACUCGAGCUCUACUCCAUGACCAGCAAGAGGCUCGCCGUCGUCGACUUCUCGUCCGCCGUCUACUACGACCGCUUCUACAUGUUCGUCAGGCGCCUGGACGGAAGGGAGGUUGGUUGGAAGGGGCUGGUCGCCCCGUUCGACUGGCGCAUGUGGAUGCUCCUGGUGUUCCUCGCCGUCGUGACGUUCACCUACCUCUGCUUCGCGCGGCUCGUGGGUCGUUCCUUCGACGUCAUCACGCCCUCGGAGGCUCUGCUACACUCGCCGGUGUACAUUGCCUGCUGCAUCUUUGGCAUUCUGUUCUGCAGCCAAGGUCACGCGACGGCCCCGCGGUGCGUGUCGUGGCGCGCCGUGCUGAUUGGCGCGCACGUCGCCGGCGUGGUGCUGGCUGCGGCCUACUCGGGCCGCCUCGUCGCCUCCAUCACCGUGCGCUACCACCGGCUGCCCUUCGCGUCCCUCGAGGGCCUGCUGGCCACCGACUACCGCCUCGGGGUCAAGAAGGACAGCGCCGAGUACAACGUCCUGCAGCACGCAGACGGCGGGCCCAUGAGGCAGGCGUUCGCGACGCGGGUGUCGCACGACGCGCGCAGCCACCCGGUCACAGACCUCGAGGGCUUGCGGCGGCUGUGCUCGGACGCCCGCUACGCCUUCGUGACGGCCGCGAAGCUGGCGCGCCACGCGGCCACGCGGCUCAACUGCAGCGUGGCGCAGGUGCCGGAGCCCUUCAUGCAGGGCGACGGCCACCUCGCGCUCGCCCCGGGGCGGCCCUACGCCCGCGUCCUCGACCACUACCUGCGGCGGCUGCGCGGCUCGGGCGUGAUGCAGAAGCUGUUCGCCGACGCCUUCCGCUCGCCGGCGUCCCACACGGAGCCCACGCCCUCUCCCGUGGACCUGCCGUCGGCGGCGGCGGCGUUCCAGUGCCUCGCGGCGGGGGCGGCGGCGGCGGCGGCGCUGCUGGGGCUGGAGCUGGCGCUGGCCCUGCGCCGCCCCCGGGGGCGGGCCGCCCCCCGCCGCCCCCGCCGCCACGUGGUCGACCUGACUCCCUUCCACACGUCGCGUGACUUCCUACCCAGACGCAGCAAGCGCUCUCCGGCUUCCUCGCCGGGCCCGCGGACCAGUCGGGUCCUGCCCUUCCUGCCGGGCGGCUACGCGGUGCAGCGCUCUGGCGGCGGCUCUGGGAACACCGCGCUGCCACACGUGGGCCUGGAAGACGUCCCGUCCAAGGAGGAAUAUCUCUGA